GGGACGGAGGGCAGCGGGAACCGGGGCGGGCGCCUGCCCGGGUGGGAGUCACGGCCCCCCGGGCGUCCCCCGCGCCCGCCUUCCCGGGGCGCCCCGAGAGAGAGCCGGCGGCCGGGCUCCAGGUGAGGCGCAGAGACUGAAUCCAGCCUACGCCCACUUCAGGUUGGCGGAAGAGGGCCAUCCUCCUGCCGCCCCUCCUGGACCGGAGCUCCUGCCUGGCCCGCAGACACCAGCCUCCUCUAACUCUAGAGAAAACCUCCAUCUGGGAGAAACACUAGCCACAGCUUCAGUCUCUGACUUGGGUAUGCCUCAUUCUCUCUGAUUCCAACAGUCAGAAACCUGCCUGCAUAGGAUACCGGGAAAGCACAUAGGAUGCCGGAGAAGCGUGUCAGCAGGGUACCACAGACCUCAUCCUUGCAGCCUGCUGGACCGUGAGCCAGGACCGGAAGAGGAGCACAAGAUAUGAAAAGGGCCGAGAAGUAAAGCAGUGCCUCCCUGCGCACCUGCCACACUCGCUAGGAUGUUUCUCAUGAACGCCCCUCCAGCGGUCACGCUCCAGUCCAAAUGGGAGGCCUUCGGCCCGCCUGGGAGCUUUAGGUUUCCCGGGUGCUUCUCGGAAUCGAAAGAGGACGUUGCCAGAGCCGCGGUGAGCGCCAAGGUGCAGAUGCUCAUCAGCACACUGCAGCAGCACGACGCGGUGCCCCUGGGCAUGAGCGAUGAGCACCCUGCGCAGAGAAGCCAGAAGGCAGAGAGGUGCCGCGAUGCCAGGCUGGCCACCAGCCCCGCCACGUGCAAAGAGCAGCCCCCUGCGUUCGCCGCCUGUGGCCUCGCUGCCCCUGGUGACCCCCCAGGAGAGGAAGCAGCCGCAGACUUGGGCCCCCUGGUGCUGGACUCAGACAGUGAUGACUCCGUGGACAGGGACAUCGAGGAGGCCAUCCAGGAGUACCUGAAGGCCAGGAGCGGAGCCCUGCAGCCUGCGUCUGGGGGCACCCAGCCUGGCAGGGUCUCAGCUGGGGGCAGCAGAUGCAAACUGGAGCCUUCCCAAAGCAGCACCCCACCUGCCCUGGGUCCCUCAAAACUUGCCCCUGUGUGUGGCAGUGUUUCUGGCCACUCUGUGGGGACCAGCGAGGACCAGGGUUCUGCCUCCCCCACUAGCGUGAGCAGUGAGGACUCCUUUGAACAGAGCAUCCGGGCGGAGAUUGAACAGUUUCUGCACAAGAAGAGGCAACAUGAAAACCCCAAAUGUGAUGCAUCUAUGGACAAAAGCCCAGACCCAAAUGAAAACGCAGCCAGAGCAGUGCUGAGACCCCACAGGGAGCCCCCCAUCAAGGCAGCCCCACAGCAGGAUCUGAGGGGAACUGCUAAGGAGUUUGUCUUCCGCAAGCCUCCCCGGCUAACGAAGGUGAGCACCCAGCCCAGGGGCCUCAGGCCUAAGGCCACCCCCGAGCCAGAGACCGUGGGCAGUGUGAAUCUGGUUGUCCCCAAACUAGACCCAGCACACAGUAAAGGUGGGGUGAGGAGGAGCACAGGUGCCGGGCGGAGGGGCAGGCAGGUGCGGAGCCCAGCCCCGGAGCAUGAGACAUCGGACUCCAGCAGUGACGACGGCAUUGAGGAGGCCAUCCAGCUGUACCAGCUGGAGAAGACCCGGAAGGAGGCCAGUGGGGACCUGCUGCUGAGGUCCCAGCUCAGAGAGGAGACGGCGCCCGACCUUCCUGCAGGCAGCUCAAGCAGCGGCAUGAAAAGUUCAUUGCCUGAAACCCACCGGAGAGCCCCGAGCAAGAAGAAGCCGGUAGCCCUGAGAGUGGCGGAUCCUGGGUCGGGGGUCCUUGACCCAGACCACUCCUCCAAGCUCCUGAAGGAUGUCAAAGCCUCUGCACCUCCUGUGAACACCAUCGCCAGGAACGAGUGUGUGGAACGGGUAUCAUGCCGGGCAGACACCCCUGCUGAGCUGAUAUGUGCUGAAGCCAUCCUGGACAUUUCCAAAACCAUCCUGCCAGCCCCUGUGGAGGUCAGCGGCGGGCCUCCCUCUGCGAGCACACACUUGCACUCCCCCGACGUGCCUUCCGGCCUCGAUGGUGACAGCAGCGCUGUGGACAGUGACGACAGCAUCGAGCAGGAGAUCCAGACGUUUCUGGCUCUCAGGGCACGGUCCGGGAGUGUGCUGGCCAGGGCCGAAAGCUGCCCUCCGCCUGCACAGGGCCCGCUGCUGCUGCCCGGCCCCGGCAGCCAGGCUGGUGACGCCAAGGCCCCUGCAUCUACCAAGGCAUUAGACCUGUCCCCAAGCUGCAAAAGGAAACGGAAAGGAGGCAGCAACACUGUGAAGCCGUCCACACCCAAGAAGACGAGGGAAGUGGGCGCAAGCGCCCAGGAUGGCGAGCAUGGGCAGAGCAGGGCCCAGCCCAGCCAGGGCGAAGCCGGUGAGGUGCCCAGGAGGGAGGGGGAGGCCCGGGCCCAGCUUGUGGCCCCCAGGACUGUGGGGCUUGGUGACACACCCCUGUCUCAGAGCCCCAAGGGUGUUGGGAAGGCAGACGAGGGACAGAGUGUUGGUGAGAAAGAGAGCUCAGAGGACAAGAGCAGCUCACUGGACAGCGAUGCGGACCUGGACACCGCCAUCAAGGACCUGUUACGGUCCAAGCGGAAGCUCAAGAAGAGGGGCAGGGACCCCCGAGCCAAGAAGAAAGUCAGGUUCAGCACCACCGAGACACGGUUCGUGGAUCGAAUGCACGGCCUCCCUGGACACUGGAAAGACAGAAGCCCACGGGCACUGCGGAGCUGCCUGUCCAAGUCUGGCCGGGACAGCCAGGAUGGCCCACAGAGACCGCCGGGUGUCUUCAGCAGCACAGCAGAGAUCAUAAAGCCGGCCAGCCUGGGGGACAAAGAUGUGACCCCUGCCUUCCCGCAAGGGAGGGGCCCAGAGGGGCUUGUGUUCUCCACAGAGAUGGGGGCUCCAGACACCGCCUGCUCCACCCGCAGCACCAGCUCCCUAUCUGAGGACAGCUCAGUGGACAGUGACGAUAGCAUCGAGCUGGAGAUUCAGAAGUUUUUGGCAGAAAAGGCCAAGGAGUCGGCAAGCGCUGCUGAAAUUCAAGGGGUGGCCGCCACCACCCUGGGAACUGAGGGUCCGGCCAGGCCGGAGGUGCUGUGCAGGAAGGAGCUGACCCCCACCCUGCAGCGUGGCGUGUGCACACGGAGCCAGAGGGCCAGGGGUGGCCCCCAGCCUGUGGAAGGACCACGGGCUACAGAAAGAGCUGGGGGGCAGGGCUCUGCCAGCCUCUUCAUUCCGGGAGGGAAGAGUACCCCCCGCGUGGAGAGCGCUCCUCGGGCCGCUGCUGCGCUGGGCGGAUGUGAGCCGGCACUGCCCAAGAGCUCCAGCGGGGCCGUCUCUGCCAGAGGUUCCCAGGUGAGCCGAAGAAACAUCUACGGCCACAAAGACCAGAGCCCGCGAGGGGCCGAGCCUGCCGCUGCAGAUGGUGUCUUUGGUCAGCUGCCCAGUGGUGCCAGAGCAGCCACUGAGGCCAGAAGCAGCGGGGGCACUUUCCACGUGAACCAUGGCAGUCAGAGCUUGCUGGCCCCUGGGCCAGGACUCCAGGUUGACCUCCCUCUCCCCUGGGGCGACCCUGCCCACCAGACCCGGUUGCCCAGCCCGUGGGUGCUGAACUCAGACGGUCGAGGCCCGGCCUGGACCGGGGGCCUCGGGGCUGAGAGAGAGAGGGCCGCUGAGGUGCAGGCCGGGAGCCCACCCAGCCUCUCCUCGGACCCCAGGAAGGGCCCGACCUUCCCCGGCUUCUCUUCGCUGCUGUCCACACAGUUGUUUCACUUUGGAAAGAGCGCACCCUGGGGGGGCACCCAGGCCGGGCUCUUCAGCAGCCCCUUGGGCCUACCUCUGCAGGGGCCCUCCUUCUCCACCUUCAGAGAGACCCCGUCUGGCCCCAGCCCUGUGUUUGGAAGCCCACACCUGCUCACAAAGAAGGAUGGCGGCGGGCAGUGGCCCAACAGAAAGGCCCAGGCUGGGCUCGGUUUGCAUAAAAAGAACUCGGGCUCCGAGGAAAACAUUUUAGACCUGAGGUAUCCACACAGGGUCAUUGAUAGGGACGACCAGGACCAGGAGGCCUUAGGCAGUGAUGCCAGUGAAUUCAGUGACACUUCUGUGGAGGACGGGGGCGGCAGCUCUGUGGUGAAGGGCAGAGUCCUCAAGUUGUGAUAGGUGUCCUGGUUCUGGUCACUCAUGGGCAGCAGUGGGUGUACAGAUGUGUGUAUUUGUGUGUGUGUGUGUGU